AAUGGCUCCUUUGGAAGUAAUUGGUGGUGGUUUUGGAAGAACUGGUACAGACAGUCUUCGUAAUGCAUUGAAUAUGUUAGGAUACAAUACACAUCAUAUGAAAAUGAUGUUUGAAGAUCCUGAGCAAGAUCCUGAUGACUUUACUAAUGCCUACCAUAACAGAGACCAAGCAGAUUGGGACAAAAUCUUCAAGAACUAUGAUGCUGCUGUUGACUGGCCAUCUGUCACGUUUUACAAAGAACUCCUCAAGAAAUACCCCAAUGCCAAAGUUGUUUUGACUGUUCGUAGUGCUGAUAGUUGGUACAAGUCCGUCAAGAACACAAUUUUUAAAGGUGCUAUGGCUUUGAGCGCUGGUGGCGCUGUUCCUCCUGGUGCUCCUAAUAAGAAUUUUACUGACAUGUUCAAAUCUGUUUGCAUGGAAGGCCUUCUCAUGGAUCCCGAGAGAUUUGCUGACGAAGAAAAAGUAAAGCAAUUGUUCUUGGAUCAUAAUGAAGAAGUCAAGAGAACUGUUCCCGCAGAUCAGUUAUUGAUUAUGGAAUUGGGAGAAGGAUGGGAUAGAUUAUGUGCCUUCUUGGGUAAAGAAAUUCCCAAAGAGCCUUACCCUAACUCCAACUCUACUGCUGAAUUUCAGAAACAUUUUUCUGAGUCAUUUGAAUAAAGUGUGAAGUACUUAAUGUACCAUUUUGAAAUUC